GGGAGCCCGCGCGGGCCGCGCCGGUGCCGUGCAGCGCGGGCGUGGAACGGCGCCGUGGCUGCGGGAAGGGGAGCGGGCUCGGUGAGAGACGCAGCGGCGGCGGGAGGCUCGUGCCGCGCUCAGGACUGAGCCCUUAUUGUUGGGAAGGCAUGUGGAUGUGAGAGCUGCCACAACACACGAACCACCUGAAUGCUUUGUGCGAAACAGGUUUGAGGUCCUCUUCUGUGACAGUGUGUAGGAGAGACCUAAAGAUCGUCUUGCACCUCACCUUGACACAAACUGCAACAGCAAAAUGACAGUCAGGUGAUUCAUGGCAGGGGACGUGGAAGGGUUUAGCUCCUCCAUCCAUGACACCAGUGUCUCUGCAGGAUUCAGAGCACUGUAUGAGGAGGGAUUGCUUCUUGAUGUCACACUUGUCAUUGAAGACCACCAAUUUCAGGCCCAUAAAGCACUGCUUGCCACCCAGAGUGAUUACUUCAGGAUUAUGUUCACAGCAGACAUGCGAGAACGAGAUCAGGACAAAAUCCAUUUGAAAGGUCUGACAGCUACAGGCUUCAGUCAUGUCCUCCAAUUCAUGUACUAUGGAACUAUUGAACUGAGUAUGAACACUGUUCAUGAAAUCCUUCAGGCUGCCAUGUAUGUCCAGCUUAUAGAGGUGGUAAAGUUUUGCUGCUCUUUCCUCUUAGCUAAAAUCUGCUUAGAAAACUGUGCAGAAAUUAUGAGACUUCUGGAUGAUUUUGGUGUAAACAUCGAAGGAGUCAGGGAAAAAUUGGAUUCCUUUCUGCUAGAGAAUUUUGUGCCACUCAUGUCCAGACCUGACUUUCUUUCAUAUCUGAGCUUUGAGAAGCUCAUGUCUUACUUGGAUAAUGAUCAUCUGAGCAGGUUUCCAGAGAUAGAGCUGUAUGAAGCUGUUCAGGCCUGGCUGCGCCAUGAUAGAAGACGCUGGAGACAUACGGAUACCAUCAUUCAGAACAUCAGGUUUUGUUUGAUGACACCAUCCAGUGUUUUUGAGAAGGUAAAAACAUCAGAGUUUUAUCGAUACUCCCGGCAGCUGCGACAUGAGGUUGAGCAAGCCAUGAAUUACUUUCAUAGCGUUCACCAACAGCCUUUGAUGGAAAUGAAAUCGAACAAAAUUCGUUCUGCCAAACCCCAGACUGCAGUAUUUAGAGGAAUGAUAGGACACAGUAUGGUAAACAGUAAAAUUCUUCUCUUGCACAAACCGAGGGUCUGGUGGGAACUAGAGGGUCCUCAAGUACCUUUACGACCAGACUGCCUUGCCAUUGUGAAUAACUUCGUGUUCUUAUUAGGUGGGGAAGAACUGGGGCCAGAUGGUGAGUUCCAUGCUUCAUCCAAAGUGUUUAGAUAUGACCCAAGACAGAACACUUGGUUACGAAUGGCAGACAUGUCUGUGCCACGUUCUGAGUUUGCUGUUGGAGUGAUUGGCCGGUAUGUUUAUGCAGUGGCUGGGAGAACCAGGGAUGAAACGUUUUACUCCACUGAACGGUAUGAUAUUACUGAAGAUAAAUGGGAAUUUGUGGAUCCCUAUCCAGUCAAUAAGUACGGACAUGAAGGGACUGUGCUUGGUAACAAGUUGUAUAUCACUGGUGGAAUUACAUCAUCUUCAACUUCUAAGCAAGUGUGUGUGUUUGAUCCCAGUAAAGAAGGGACAGUAGAGCAGCGAACACGGAGAACUCAAGUGGUCACUAACUGUUGGGAGAACAAAUGCAAAAUGAAUUAUGCCAGAUGCUUUCACAAAAUGAUUUCUUACAAUGGUAAGCUUUAUGUCUUUGGUGGUGUCUGUGUGAUCUUGAGAGCUUCCUUUGAAUCUCAAGGAUGUCCAUCUACAGAGGUUUAUGACCCCGAUACUGAUCAAUGGACUAUAUUGGCUUCUAUGCCAAUAGGUAGGAGUGGUCAUGGCGUAGCUGUUCUGGACAAACAGAUAAUGGUUCUUGGAGGCCUUUGUUACAAUGGUCAUUACAGUGAUUCAAUUCUCACUUUUGAUCCAGAGGAAAACAAAUGGAAAGAAGAUGAAUAUCCAAGGAUGCCGUGCAAGCUGGAUGGCUUGCAGGUCUGCAGCCUGCACUUCCCUGAGUAUGUUUUGGAGCAUGUUAGACGUUGCAGCUAAAACAGAAUGAACAACCCAGUCAAAUACAAAAGAGCUAUACUAAUUUGUUGAAAAAAAUUACAAACCAGUUCCUGCAGAGACAUUUCCUUGUGUGUAAGAACAAUGGUUCAACGCUCAAGAGAAACAGGAUGUACAGGGAGUGUACUUACCAAGUUCAUUAGGAAAGGUGAUAGUUGGUCUGACCUUGUGAAAGCUUUUGUUGUUUUUUUUUUUUUUUUUUUAAUAAAUGUAAUUGUAAGUAUGAGAAAAAAAAUAUAUUUUUGAGUCUGCUUUUUUUGGUAACAUUUUAUGUCCACAGUGUGUUCUGAUUUUUUAAUGGCCAUUAUUCCACUAUGCUUUUGAAAUAAGUUGAGUUUGACAAAAUAUUUGUGAAAGGAAGAGAAGAAAGGUGUUAUUUUCAUUUUUUAUUGAGCAUCAAAAUACAGCUCAUCACCUGUACUUGGGUGCAAACAGGUAUAAAGUAACAAGCCAACCAUUUCUGUAUUUUGUGUUGUCUUUUAGAUGCUUUUCCUAUUAACUGCAAAGUACUGUCAAAUCUACUAGGUGUUUUUGUUUUCCCUUAUUUACUUUGGAAAAGAAUUUUAAACCUUUUGCAUGACCCUUCUCUUGGUUUUGUAUAGUUGUACGAGUAAGUCUGCCAAAAUGCAAAUUACACAUUUUCUACUAAAUUGAAAACAAAGCAUUUUUAUAUUCAAAACACUAUUUCUAUGCUGCCUUCUAUUGUCUGUGUUGUGUUUGUUGGUGAGUAAAAAAACGUAUACACACAUGUGCAUACACUGUAAAAACUGUAUAUAAAUGCAUCUUUUUAUGUGCAGUUACAAUAUUAUAUUUUAACUAGUGCACAGAUUCAGCCAUAUCUGUUGAAUUUAGGGUAUUCUUUCAUGAGCUAAAUAGUUCAAAGUUCUUAAGUGAAACUGGAGGCCUCAUUUGGUAUCAAAGUAUCUUUAGUAUAUACGGAUUGAUCCAGUAAACUUAAACUCUUUAUAUUGUUGCUACAUAAUGAACUGUUGGUUAUUUGUUAUUUCAUAAAUUUUUUUUUUUUAAGUAAACUCAUUUAACCUGAGUUUCUUUUUGGUUUCAGUGUGCUGCCCAGUUUUCUUUUUUCGUUGAAAUUGAAAACGUCAAUAAGCAAAUGCUCAGCACUGCUGUGACCCACAGUUAUUUUUGGAACUAGAUACUGGAUAUGCCACACUUCAUUGUCAAUACUUUAUUAUACUCACACUUCAAUAUGAGUACUCAUAUUGAAGUGGUAUGAUAUUUUUAUUAUUGUUAGUAUUUAAUUAUUAACUAUUAAGAACUACUGUGUUUGGAAAAUGUGGAGUUAGGUGAUUGGUUUGUUAGUAUAAUUUCUGUUUGUUUUAUAAGAACCUACACAACUAUGGCUACUGAUCUUGGAGUGCCUGAAUAGAGAUGGCUGGUCCAAGAGGGCUUUGACUAUUCCAGUGUGUUAACUUGCAGGUAUAAAUGACAGUAGAUUGAUAAGAAUUAUCUGCCAAGACAUAAAUAAUAACAGUAACUGCAUUUGGACUAUCUUUGUGGAUAUAAGUUCUCCACUUCUAGAACCCAAAGGAGAGAUCUGGUGAAAGUGAAGGCUCGCACAUAGCUCAGAUGCUGAAACAUGAGCUGCAUAUUUUGUAAAAUCUUAUGCUGUUGUGUUUACUUUAUCUGCAGCAAUGCAAAACCACUUUAUUCAGCAUCUUCCAGUCAGAAUUCACUGUAGAAAAGGAAUGUACAGUACUCAGGGAGUUCAAAAGAAUGCACUUACAAAGGGACCAAAAUCACCCUAAAUUUUCUAUGUUAAAAAUAGCAUCUACUUGUGUAAAUGAAGUUUCAAAUAAUAGAAGUUAAAACAAUGAGUAAAACUUCUCAUAUUGUGUUCCUGUAUCUUUGUAGGAAUUAUGUUCUGGGUUGAAAUGUGGGUAUUUGGAGCUAUAUGGCAAGUCAGCAGACUUUUUAGGGUUUGUUUAUUGUUAGAAAUGAUUUAUUAAUAGAGUAUCUUCAUAUGUUUUAAAAGAAAGAGGGAAUGUUUGCCAUCAUAGCUGUAGUGAUAAGUUAUUUACACCAGAAGGGACUGGACCAAAUACUGAUAUUCAGCCUUCUGAUGCAGACUAGUUUGCAGCUAGAUUUGUCUUUUUUAAUAAGAAUUCAGUUUACUGAAUUGGAAAUCUAAUUUACUUUCUUGACAGCCUAACUUAAAAAAAAUAUGGCUUACACUAAAACCUCAGUUUCACUGUGAGACGUGUGUACAUCACCCUACAUGGGGAGAGAGAAACUGACUGGUGGGUGCUGGCUGUGUGCUGACUGUACUUAGUUCAUGGAAUAUUGGGGCACAAGAGAAAAAAAAAAAAAACCAAAAAAAACAAAAAAAAAACCAAGUUGGAUUUUUUUUUUGUUGGUUUGUUUGGUGUUUUUGUUUGUUUUGGUUUUUGGUUUUUUUUGUCACCAGCUCAUUUCUUAAUGGGGCAGCAAGCUAUUCCAAUGUGAGGCAGCUGUCAAGGGCACGUUACAUAGAGUAGAGUACUUCACUUUCUGUGGGGCCAGUGUAGAGAGCAGCCCUGGCUCUGGAUAUCUGGUAUUCAGGAGUCAGAUGUCUUAGAGACAUGGCCAAGACUUUAUUAGAGCUAAUGGUAAGGAUAGGGGUUUCUCAAGUUCCAUUUUUGAGUCUGCAUUUAAGCACCUUCUGAAGCUCUGUGCACUCAGCAACUGCCACUAAAGUAAUUGGUGAGUGCUGACACUUGAAAAAUGAAGAGCCAGAUGGGUUUUGGUGCUCUGCUUUUAAGCUCAUGUUUACCUUCAGGUGCCCAGUUCUGAAAGAUCUUGUUCAGGAUUGUAGUAGUAAUUGUUCUGUGAAAUUAUAAUUGAACUGUUGGUUUCAGCUUCCCUGAAGCUAUGUCUCCAUUGAGAGGCUGGCUGUAACCUUUCCAGCAUUAGGGAUGGUUCGAAUUUGCUUGGGAUUAAAAUGGUGGGGAUAUGUGAGAACGUUUUGUCAAUUUACAUAUCUACCAUGCUUUCAUUGUUUCAGACCUGAAAUAGAAAAAUUAGCUUCUCUUCUCCUUUAUACUAUAAUGGAACUUUUGAGACAGUUGCUUUGGUUACUUGGAGGGGUUUUUAAUUGAUUUUUUUUUAAUGUUUGCUCUUCGUAUUUAGCUCCAGAUAAUUUAGUACCUUAAUAGGAACAAACCUAAGAUGGCUAAUAAGAAUUGCCUUGAGCAUUAUGGUCAGAUUAAGAUAGGUUUUAAAAAAUAUUUAAAUGCCUCUCAUUUGUCAAGGAGUAGCUAAGUUAUGAUCUUUGAUUAUUAGAUUUGGGGAGGUUCUCCUAUUCCCAUCCCAUAAUGGAAUACCAGCAAAUCUAAUGUCACCCACAUAUUUAAAAUUCAACAUAUGACUUGCUUUGAAAAGCAAAUGUACUUUCCUUUUUUAGAAAGGUGGACAUAGUGAGUUGCAGUCUAGGUUUGUUUUUUUUUUUUUUUUUCACAUCUAUAGAAAAAAUGUAUCAGCUUCAUUUCCUAAUUUAGCAACCAACUUCAGGAAGAAAUAUUCUUUUCAAACGAGAUAAUGGACAAAAAGCACAGUGUUCCUGUAAAGGGACUGGAUACUGCCAGUUCCCAUUUCACAUGCUCCUAGGUCUGGUUUUAGGGGGCAGAUUUUUUUUUUUAUAAGUACUGCAUAAGGAAAAAAUAGCUCACUUUCUGCCACAAAGUGUUGGUAGUUUCAUUGUGAGAGGCAGUGGAAUCACCAAUCAGCUGGCAGAAAGAAACCUUAGGUAUUUUUUCCCCAUGAAUUCAGCUGAAAGAAGGCAGACCUUGGUUUUACAGAGGUCCUGCUGUUUCAGAAAGCACUGCUAGCAAGUGGCAGCAUAUGAGCUAUCUGGCAACCUGCUUUAAUGUUACUUUCUUUUGAAAAAUGUGGAUGCCCUACUUCCUGCAGUAUGAUAGCAGUCCUGUUAGAACUAGCUCUGAGGGUUUGACUGUAAUAUUUCCCUGGUUCCUGAGCUUUGCAGCUAUUGAUUCUUGAGGCCCUCCUGCCUUAGAAUCCCAUGCUGCAUUUCCUCAUGCUGAUAAUAUGGUAACUGCUUGUGUCAGGGAUGAAGCUUCACUUGACACUCAGGAAACAAAGAUAAAAUUCAGCAGGUGCAAAUUCAAACUGAUAUAAAAAGCCCCAUUACUUAAGUCGUUAUGUCCAUUAUUUAGCAAAGGGAGACACUUAACAGUUCUUUAAAAUAAACUUGUAGUUUGUGUCAGCCUGCAUAUGUCAAAGUCUUUUUAGAAGUAGUCACAUUUGUAGAGGUAUUCUGCCUUUUUAAUAUACUUUUUCUUAAAAAAAAUAAGUAGUGAAUUGAGCCCCAGAUACUUUGAACACUUCAGGUGUGGACUUCACAUAUGUGAAUAGUCCAAUACAAAGAAACAGAAAACUCUAAGGUUUCUGUUCAAACUUCAAGGAAAACAUGUAAGCACAUGUGUUACUAAGCCUGUGCUUAAGGGUUUAUAGGGUUGGGGUCAUCAAAGAAAACAUCCCUCCUGCUCUCCUGCUAAUAAAUAUAUAUAUAUAGGUGGUGAAGUUACUUGAAAAAGCAUCUGUCACAUGUGGCAAGGUUUACUGAAGGAGAGUGGGAAAGAACAUAACUGGAAAAUACAUCAUUAUUUAAACAGAGCUUGCUGGUGUCCUGUAGCUAACAUUCUGAGAUUUUCAUGUUUGUUAAACAACUAAAAGCUGCUUAAAAUAAAUGCUAAUGACUACUUUUGCAUCUGUAUUCUAUUUUUGAAAGUUGGUGAGUAACUUGAAAAUUUCCAUUUUGUGUGGGUAAACUUCAUAAAACAUAGUUGGAUGUGGCAGGUGGCGGAAAAACUAAUUUGCUUUGAGCACAGCUUUCCUGUGUGUCCCUCUACUAAUUUUUUUACACUUCUCUAAGUUCAAUUUAUGUAGUCUUUAAAAAAUAGCUUUUGAAAAUCAAUUUUAAAUACCUUUGGAUUAAUAUUAAGUUGGUAGCUAGGGGAAAAUAAUUUCUAUUUGCAGAUAGUUUUUAUUUAUGGCUCUGGUAGAAAAAUCUUACUGUAAGUAUAGGAAAUGAAGUGCUCUGUAGGACUGUAAAGUUAGCUGUAUUUAGGGGGGCUUUUAUUACCUCAGUGGGAUCCACCUAACUUUUAUGUCAUGUUGGAGCAGGUGAAGGGAAGAGUGAAUUAUGUUUUUAUGUUAAAUAUUUUUCCCUAUAUAUUGUUAUUUUUGUAGAUCUUUCUAAAAUAAAUUAUUAUAUGCUGGAGGUUGCAAUUCCACUAUAAUAUCCCAUAAUUCCAGUGUACAAUAUCAGAUUGUUUGUAUUGAAAAGAAUGUAUUUGAUAAGUUAACAGGAAAAGUUAUUUUCAAACUGUACUGUGUUUGUGUCUAGCUAUUGGAAAUACUUUUCCUAUAGAAGAUCAAAAUGAUAUGUAUAUGUCCUCAUAUAUAAAUUUGGAUUACCUGUCUAAUGAUUACCCUAGAACUGCUAUAAACUUAUCUAAAUAAUUUAAGAAUUGCCUCUUUUUAACUGUUUUAAAGCGUUUUUUCUUGUCUUUUUUUUUUUUUUUUUUUUUUUUGGGCAGAGUGUAAUUUUCCCUUGCUAUGGAUACAGUAUGCUCAGACUUGCAUAUGUGCUUUGUUUGGGUUUCAAGCUGAAAAAAAUGUAUAAAAUGUGUAUAAAGAAAAGUGUAAAUAAAAUAUUUUUAAUCUUUAAA